CCCGCCUCGCCUGGACUUCCCUACUGCCACGAUGCCAUUCUAACGGACUCAACAGCCCGGGCUCGCUACUCCACCAACAACCCCUUCGACUGGCCGCUUUUUUGGUUGCAUUACGUAUCUCGUCUCUUGGCCUUCUAUUCUAUCCAUUCCUUUACAUCUCUGCUUUAUUUUUAGCCCGCCACUGCGCGACAUUGCCGAGCGACACGACGCACGCCACCGCGAACCCCUCCAUCCCUGACGUCCCCGUCCUCCGGGUCCUGUCUCUCUCACUCUCACUCUCUUCGCCGCCCAAGCACUCUCCGCAGAGCUCAAGGCUCUUGACCGGCAUCAUGCGUCUGUUCGGAAGCAAAAACAACAAGUUCAAGGUCGACCCCCCCAAGAUCCGGAUCGAAAAGGUCGUCGUCGAUCGCCCCUCGCCGAAGCCCAAGCCCAAGCCAAAUCCAGCCGCCCUCAGCGGCUCCGCGUCCCGGUCCUCUUCCCACCGCCCCUCUCCGAAGCCGGUCGUCCGCCAGAAGAGCCACUCACCCUAUCCCUCCUCCUCCGACGAGAAGCGGCUCGAGCGCAAGCGCAAGGCUGGCAGCGUCUCCGUGUCGCGUCGAUCCCCGGUUAACGAACGCAUCGAAUUCGAUAAGGACAGCGAUGCGGAAGACGAUGGCUGGAUGAACCUCGACGCCAACAAGAGGCAGCGCAAGAGCACCGAAGAUGGCUACCUCGACUCUAGCCGGAAGCUCCGGAGCACCAGGGCGUUUGAGGACCGCGUAGAUGGGCUAAGCUUCAUCCAUGCCGUGGAUGUAGCCUCGCUCGAGCUGAAAUGUGUCCCCGUCAUGGGCGCCCAAAAGGAGGACGUGGCCAUUGAAUUACAAUAUCCCAGCUUACAGCCACGCGAGAAAUACGAGUUGGUAUGGGGCAAGGACAAGAUCGACGCUGUCGAAGCGAGCAUAAGAGUAGUUCGACAUGUAGCCGAGACGUACCUCAACGAUGACGAAGCCGAGCCCUUCACCAACCCCAACGGGGGCAUCAUCCGGCGCUUGGAAAAGGCGUCAAACCGUAAUAUUCAAGAUCUUAUGGGGUUCAAGACGGCACUACGCGAGUACAACGAGAAGCUCUUGAAUCUGGUUGAGGACGGCAUUAUUGCCAAGAACCUUGAUAACCAGCACGAGCUGCCUCAGAACCUCGUUGCCUUCAUCCUGGAUCAAAUAUACGACCGCACCGUCGCCCUCAAGGUGGAACUCCUUUCCAAAUACGAGAACGGAACCGACUAUGUCUAUGGCGAACUCCUCCAUCCUUUCAUCUCGAAGAUCCUACUGGAGCAGACCAAGAUGACAUCGGGACAGGUCUUUGUGGACCUGGGCUCCGGCGUGGGGAACGUCGUCUUGCAAGCGGCGCUGGAGAUUGGGUGUGAGAGCUGGGGUUGUGAGAUGAUGGAGAAUGCGUGCAACCUGGGCGAGGCGCAGAAGAAGGAGUUUGAUGCGCGGUGCAUGCUCUGGGGAAUCAAGCCUGGCAAGGUGCACCUGGAGCGUGGCGAUUUCCGCAAGAAUGCUGCCAUCCACGACGCUCUUAAGCGGGCCGACGUGAUUCUGGUGAACAACAAGGCCUUCACCUCGCAGCUCAACGACGACCUUGUCCGGAUGUUCCUCGACUUGAAGUCGGGAUGCAAGAUCAUCUCACUCAAGUCGUUCGUCGCGGACAUGAAGAGCAACAACCACAACAUCAACGACGUUGGCAGUACGAUUCUCGAGGUCGAGGAGUGCACAUACCCUGAGGGUUAUGUGAGCUGGACCAAUGCCGGAGGAUCGUACUUCAUCUCGACGCGAAAGUAGACUAAUAGAGCUUCAUCAGCACAGGGUACGAAUUUUGAAUAUGGGAUGAGAUUGGGAAUUGGGGGCAUCAGCGUGGGAGAUAGGGUUGUUAGGCUUACAGGAUACUCCAUAUAGCACUUCG